GGUCGCAGCUCUGCCAUUAGCCGUGUGCUGCUUCCUAGAUCUGCUUGCUGCCUCUUGCCCUCUUCUGCCAUGGUAGUCACACGCUGGGGGAUCUGCUCUGCAGGGAAGAUCGCCCACGACUUCCUGGUCGCCCUGAAGACUUUGCCGCCCGAGGAUCACAAGGUGGUGGCCAUUGCUUCUCGCGACCUCAGCCGGGCUCAGCAAUAUGCCAAGAUCCACAGCAUCCCCAAGGCCUACGGCUCGUACGCAGAACUGGCUGAGGAUGCUGAUGUUGAUGUGGUCCACAUUGGGGUGGUGAAUCCAUAUCAUCUCCCUACCAGCCUCCUCUUCAUCCAGGCUGGGAAGAACGUGCUGUGUGAGAAACCGCUGGGCAUGAAUACCGCAGAAGUGAAGGCCCUGGUGCAGGCAGCUCGGCAAAAGAACGUCUUCUUCAUGGAGGGUCUGUGGACGCGUUUUUUCCCUGCUUCAGAGAAGAUCCGUUCCUUGCUCAGCCAGGGUUCUAUCGGGGAUGUGAUGGUGUUACAUGCUGAAUUUGGGAGUCCGCAACUCUCCAUCCCCAGAUGUGUGGAGAAAGAGCUGGGGGGAGGUGGCCUUCUGGAUAUUGGCUGCUAUUGCAUCCAGUUUGCCUGCAUGGUCUUCAAUGGAGAGAAGCCAGAGUCCAUUCUGGCCUCUGGAUUCCUGCAUGACACGGGUGUGGACAAAACCGUGUCAGUCAUCCUAAACUACUCGGGAAAUCGUCAGGCUGUCCUCACCUGCACCAUGACAGCCAGGAUGCCAAAUCGAGCCAGCAUUAACGGCACCAAGGGCAUGGUCGAGAUUCCAUCUCACUUCUGGUGCCCAACCGAGUUGGUGGUCAACGGGGAGAGAGAAGAGUUUCCCCUGCCUGCCCCAUCCCAGAAAAUGCACUUCCAGAACAGCACCGGCCUGCGCUACGAAGCGGAGCAUGUCCGGCAGUGUCUCCUGAAAGGUUUGAAAGAAAGUCCCAUCCUGACCCAUGCGGACAGCGAGCUGGUCAAUUCCAUCCUGGAGGAAGCUCGCCGACAAGUGGGUGUGUUUUACCCUCAGGACAAAGUGUGACACACACUCCAUUACACACACACCCUCCUGCAAGACCCCAUAUCCAGUUUCAAAAAAUGAAAAUAAAAAUGCACGCAGAUGGACUUCAGCCGUGGUACAGACAUGUAUGGCCAAUAAAGCAGCUCUUGCCAAUU